AUGGCAAAUUUGAUCCGCUCAGCGAAAUCUGGAAGUGACUGGACAAGGAACGAGCUAGCUGCUUACCACAUCGAGUGCCAUCGCGAAGAACCGCUCGCGUUUUUCGGUGUUCAGGCCUUACCGCAGCCACUUGUUGACCCUGAGCUCCUCACUUCCCUCGAUGCA